CGUACGUUGUGAAUAUUUGUUGUUGCGAGUGAAUCAUUAGCUGUGACUUUAGCCGUGAUUCAAAUGCUAUGGAAAUCGUUGCGUUGGACCAGCGUAGGAAAUGACCGCAGAAACAUGAGAGCACAAUCAAACACUGCGAACGUUUGAUUUAGCAGAAAUUCUGAAUAACAUUGUUGCACAGUUUAGCAACCCCCAGUAAAAGUAAAAUGUUUGCCAAUAACGGUUGAAGGAAACAAUCACGACGAUGACGUCAACGAGGGAUCGAAAACGUCAUAACUUCAUCGGUGACGUGUUCUCGUCCGAAUGCUCUUCACAACGUCGUUCUUUCGGGGCUUCGCUUGGUUACAAUCGGUUUCUACGUGCUUCAGAAUUCGUUACUAAGUGCGCGAUCCAUCGCAGAUAAGAUAACGAGUUUGUUCGUGCUGGCGUGAGAGUCUCAAGAGAGAAAAAAGGUCGAAUCUUGUGGAAGAUCGGUCUUCGAAUCUCUACCUUAAAAACAGUCAGGACUGAAAGUUCUCUUGGCGCCUGGGCAUCGGUAUUGUUUCAACCGUGUCAACUUCGAUAUCGAGUAUAGUUUUGAUCGACUUUUCGUCUUGUCAUCAAUCUUUGCCCCCGCUAUGAACGAACCGGAAACGCCAUUUUUCGCACCGCCUCGAAUGACCUCAUCCCCAAAGUGGCCAUAGUGAUACUGACUCAUCCUCACGAUUUUUCGCAGUGAAAACAAUAUGGCGUGCCAUCAGAAUUACCGUGACAAAUCGUUUCUCGUUCGCUUUGCUACUGCCAUUGUUAUUCUCGGAUUUUUAAAUCAGUAUCGCGCAUGGGAUCACGAUUACUGUCCCGAUUUUUGCCAGUGCUUUUUCUUGUAUGGCCUUAAAUGGGCCGAUUGCACCGGCCAUCGAGUCUACAGCGUACAAAUCGGCAUCGACGACGCUGUUCAAGCUCUCGAUCUUUCCAACAAUUCUGUUUCUUCACUAAGCAACUACGAGCUCAGGGAUGCCGGUCUCACGAAACUGAAGUUGCUGAAUUUAUCGUCGAACGCAAUCAACGAGAUCGGAUCAAUGGCUUUUGUCGAUCUCUCACAAUUGAGAGUCCUUGAUUUGUCAAGAAAUCAUCUGUACUCCUUACUCCCGGAUACUUUUAUCACGAACAAAAGACUCGAGGUCCUCGAGCUCGCGGAUAACAAUUUGGAUCAUCGUGUACCAAAACUGAAGAGUUCGUCUCUCGGAUCGUUGGAUCUGAGUAAUUGUGGGAUAGGUCAUUUGGCACCAGACACGUUUGACGGAUUGCCUCAUCUCCGUGCCCUCGAUCUGUCCAACAAUGUGAUGAUCCAAUUGGAAUUGGAUUUCUCGAAAGGGUUGCAGCAUCUCGCGGUCCUCGUGAUCGAAAAAAAUCCGUGGUCCUGCAACGAACAAAUGAGCAAUUUACAAAAACGUCUGAAAACAAGGGGAGUCAGCUUCGAAAAAGUUUGCAACGAUAAUAAAUCCAAAGAAUCACACCAAGUGCCAAAAAAAAUGGAAAAAAUGACCAUGCAGGAUAAGAAUCCACAGCCUGAAACUGACCGCAAUUCCGAUCGCUUGCUCGCCAAAGUUAAACGUUUGAAGAACUCUACGAAGACUCAAAAGAGCCCCAAUCAGUGCCUGAAUAAAGUUCCCUCCAAAGAAAUUCUUCGCGAUUCGGUGAGUUCUCUCGAUAUUUCACCGUACUGCUUUCUCGCAGUUGGAUUUCUUGUUGGAUCGGCGCUCAGCACUGUCGUCACGUAUCUGUGGCUCACCAGAAAAUCUUCAAGGUCGUCAGUUGAGCGCGAGGCAAUCAUCGACACAGAAUCGUCCGAGGCUGCCAAUCAAAGGGCCAAUCUCCUUCAAUAUUUUUGGCAAAAUAAUGACGAGUCUGCUCGAUCGUCGAUUCUCUGUCCUGGUACACCGCCUCCGCCUUACCGCGACGUUAUUCUUCAUUCUCAUAGAUAUCCCAGACCCGGUGCUUAAAAUACUCCGAAUCAAAAAUAAUAUAAUUAUUUCUCAAGGCUGUUUAGUACCAUUGGCCCAGAUUCGAAAUCGCGAGUUCUUUUCUUUUUUCUAGUUCUAUCGAAAUUCAUUCAAUAUCCGGAUGCGACAAUGGAAUUAUUCAUUUUAUCAGAUAUUGUAUCAGUAUUCGUUCGUUAGUGGGCAUAAAAGUAAGAACAAUUUGAUGCUUUAAGGGGGAUCCUGCUUUAGAAGAGCAAUAUUAAUUUGUACUUGGCUUAUGCAUCAAGUCUGAUUGUCCAAGUUUCUCAGCUGCGUACAAUGUGGAGAUCGUA